AUGUCAAUAGAGAGAAGAAUAAUACAGUUCAUAAGAGCCCUCCUAUCUACCCUAUAUCUUGUCCUAAUGAUUUUAACCAUUCCAUUGGCUUUCGAUAUAGGGGGAGUAAAAUGUGGUUUAGCAUAUUCUUUAACUACAUUCUUAGUAUAUUUUGUUUUAACAACAAUACGAUUAACUACCAGAAAAUCAAAAUAUUUGAGAUGGGUAUCAAUCUUAUAUUAUUUACAACAUUUCUUUAUCCCAAGUUUAUUAACUUUCUUUUUAUCAUAUUAUAGUACUCCUCAUGAUCCAAUUAUGAAUUAUAUUAAUCCAGUUGAAAUUUGGAGAUUAAUCUUAAUCAAUUCAACUCCAGUAUUCACCAUAUUAGAAGGGUUUUGUUCAUUAUUAUUAAUUCAAGCCAUUGGUCAAACUAUAAAUUGGUUAACCGUUUAUAAAUCAGAUUCUUGGUUAAUUGUUUCAUUGGUUGGUAGUGGAUCUAUUAUUACAGCCGCAUUAUAUUUCUUAUACAGAAUUUAUGUGUUCCCAUUCACUAUUGAUAUUAUAAGUGCAUCUUUAUUAGGAUCAUUAUUAACUUUAACCCUUGGGUUAGGAUUAUUUGGAAUUGUAUCUUCAAAAGGCUCCAUCAUUGAAAGUUCAUUAAUGUUUGCUUAUAUUGUUAGAUGUAUUUAUGAAAUUUUCCCAAUCUUAUCAGAAGGAGCAACAGCCACAUUAACUUCAUUAUUAACUCAUGCAACAAAUAAUUUAAAAAAUGAAAUUCCAAAAUUACCUCCUCAAAUUUUAAAUCCUAUAAGUCAAUUAUUACCAUUCUUAGCAUCAAAUUUACCAAUUUCUAUCAAGACCAUUUGGGAAUUUUUAAUUAUGGCUAUUCAAAGAUUAACUUUACCAUUAUUAUUAAAUUUAGCUUAUAGAAUUGGAGUAUUUUAUGCUGCUACAAAGAUUAUCCCUUCAUUAUAUAAUAAUGUAUCAUAUCCUACCACUCCACCACCAUCAAGAACUCCACCUCAAUUAACCACAUCUCGUUCGGCUUCACAUACAUCAGUAUCAUCAAUACCGUCGAAUGAUAAAUCCAAUAAUAAUACCGAUCAUAUUUCAUCUGGUGAUAUUGGAUCAAAUGAUUCAUCCGAUAAGAACAUCACUCCAUCAUCAUCAUCUAUAUCAUCUCAAAGCCUUUUACGAAAGAAAUCUUUCCGUCUUAAACCUCCUCAUCAUCAACCACCUUCAGUAAUCAUUAAAUUAAUCUAUGCAUAUUCCCCAUGUAUUAUAAUCGCAGUAUACACACAUUUAAUGUUAUCAUAUAAUGGAGAAUUAGGAACUGAAUUAAAAUUAUGGGGAUUUUUCGAUAAUGCAUCCACCUCAUUUAAAAUUACAGUUCAUCCUUGGCAGUUUUGGCAUUGGAUUAAUAUGGCUACUACUUUAUUAUUAUAUGCUGCUGAAUUAAUGAGUAAUGAUAGUCAAUCGGGUGCUGCUACUUUAACUUCACAUUGGAAAGUUGAAUAA